AUGUCCCUGAGCCCGAAACACUCCACACCCUUUUCCGUGAGUGACAUCCUGAGCCCGCUGGAGGAAAGCUGCUUCAAGAAACUAGCGUGUAUGGAGGCUUCAUACCGGCAAAACACUGCGGUCCAUCCGGUGGGCUCUCAGCACAGCGGCCAGCACCAUCAGCACCAGCAUCACCACAAUCAUCAUCACCAGCAGCAGCAGCACGGACUGAACCACGGAGCUUAUCAUGUAGCACACGGAGUAUCACAGUUCCCACAUGCAGCCGUGGCGGCCGGUUACUGUAACGGGAGUCUCGGCGGGGUGGCAGAGUUGCCAACCUAUCAGGAAAGUGUGAGGAACCAAGCCGCCACCGCCGCCUGGUACAGUGCCAACCCAGAACCGCGUUACGCUACACUUCCCAGGUUUAUGGGCUCCUCGGCUGCUAUGAACAUGGGCGCGCUGGCCGGAAUGGACGCCAAAUCCAUGGUGACUCUGCACGCGGCGCCGCGCAGGAAGCGUCGCGUGCUCUUCUCUCAGGCGCAGGUGUACGAGCUCGAGCGCAGGUUUAAGCAGCAGCGCUACCUGUCCGCACCUGAGCGCGAGCACCUGGCCAGCAUGAUCCACCUGAGCCCGAAUCAGGUGAAGAUCUGGUUUCAGAACCACCGAUACAAGAUGAAGCGGCAGGCCAAGGACAAAGCGACGCGCGAGCCACAAAUCCAGCAGCAGCAGCAGGACGGAGGAAGCUCGUGCCCACCGCAGGCAUCAUCACCGAGGCGCGUGAGCGUCCCAGUACUGGUUAAAGACGGUAAACCUUAUCAGAACGGAACCAGCACUCCCAGUUCAAACCACGGCAUGGGCGCACAAACAGUGGAGUCUUUAGCGUCCGCAACAGAAGAACUGGAUGAUAUGACACCGAGUCCGCCCGCGCUCCACGGUGCUCACGUGACCGGACUGUCUCACUUGGACUCUGGCCUGCUGGAGUACAACAUACCGGGAUCGAACCUGCUGUACGGCAGGACUUGGUAAAAUCAUUUUUGUGCAAAAAACAGCCUCAAAAAC